UCUACUUAUAUACUUCCUUUCAGUAUCAUUAUACGUAUUCAAAUAAAGUAACUUAGGAAAAAUAAAAAAUGGUGUACAAAUCAGAAAACCCAAACCGGAAAUUGAAAUCAAAGGAGAAGCAAAGGAAAGGAUUAUGGUCACCAGAAGAAGAUGAGAAGCUUAGGAGUCAUGUUCUCAAAUAUGGCCAUGGAUGCUGGAGUACCAUUCCUAUUCAAACUGGAUUGCAAAGGAAUGGGAAGAGUUGUAGAUUAAGGUGGGUUAAUUAUCUAAGACCAGGACUUAAGAAGUCUACAUUCACUAAAGAAGAGGAAAUCACACUUCUCUCACUCCAUUCCAUGUUGGGUAACAAAUGGUCUCAGAUAUCGAAAUUUUUACCAGGAAGGACCGACAACGAGAUCAAAAACUACUGGCACUCUAAUCUAAAGAAGGGUGUAACAUUGACACAACUUGAAACCACAAGAACCCCUCCAACACCUUCAGUCACAAACUCACUUGAGACCUUGCAGAGUUCAUCAACUGAAAGAUCUUCUUCAUCUAUCACUAUCGGAGAAACAUAUUAUGCUCAAACCCCAAGCUUUUCGCCAAGUCUCGUCUUCUCCGAAUGGUUAGAUCACAGUUUGUUUAUGGACCAGUCACCUCAAAACCUUGUUGUACCGGAAGAGAGAGGAUUCAAUGAACCAUGUAGACCUCGUCACUUAGAAAACAACUCUUUCCCUGAUUUCGUAUCAACUCCAGACUUUUUGCUGGAGGAUGAGAUAUCUGAGGUCGAGUUCUGUACUUCAUUUUCAGACAAUUUUUUGUUCGAUGGUCUCAUCAACGAGCUACGACCAAUGUAAAUGUUUGGAGAGAGUAAAUGGGUUUAUGGUUAAUUUAAGUAGAAGAGGAUAAAAAGAGUAAAUAAAUAAAUCCUUUAAUUUACAUACACUUAACUACUUAACAAAUGUGCAAGUCCUUCACUAUUUCACGAUUGCUCAUGUUUCUCGGUUUUCACGCUUUUUCUUAUUUGAUAAUCAUUUAACAUAUUGCACUAAGAAAUUGACUAAGAACAUCAAUUCUGACGAACUGGAGAGAGUAUUGGAUUGGACUAGUCGGAUUAUCAAACUUCGUAAGAAUGGUAGCAAAACUCAGGUCUUAAACAGAGAUAUCAGAUAGGGAUGAAAAGAGUUUGAGCAAAGUAAAACAAAAUUUAAUGUC